AUGAAGCAGAGGGUCACGUUCAUCCACAAGACUGGCAGUGGCAUCAACCCCGAGAGCCUCGACAUCGGCCAGCAUGGCAUCAAGGGGCCUGACCUCGAGGCUGUGCGGGAGGACAGAUUCACCUGGGGCAUCGAUGAACUCCCCAACGCCUUCAAAGAGCUCGCCCGCGACUCCAAAGCCUUGCAUGUCCGAUGGGUCAGCUCUGCAGCCUACACGACUGUGAGCCCUCUCAUCUCCAGAGCAUCUCCCGGCUUGCACAUCUUCUACACGCCGGCCAAGGGACAGAGCGCGAAUGGUCAAGUCGUGGAGCGUGCUAAGAAGAACCCCAGGCAAGCGAUAUGCGCCGCCAAGACGAACAUCUUUGGAGGAGACAGUGUGGACUUGUGCCAGGACAAUGACACCUUCGUCCAGUGGUCCACAGCCACGCACCCACAAGCUCCUGCGCUUCAGUACUAUGAGUUGAUAGAGGAUAUUGCUCCUUUUGUCGACUUCAUUGCCCAGCACUGCGCGCCGUCGGACGCUGCGUGCACAUCCAGGGCGAGCACCUUGAGCACUGCCGCCACCAUCGACAUAUCAUGGGACACGACCUCGGCGUCCCUCAAAGUGACCGCACAGUGGCCUCAUGGGUCCCAGCCGCUCUCUGUCGCGUCGACGCCGGGCCACCGCACCGAGGUAGGCAUCCUCGGCCUCGACCCCUCGGCACAGGCCGAAGCGCACGAGCUCGGCAUCUCUGGCGCCCUGACCGUCCUCGACACGGGAAAGGGUCCAUCACCCGUCAUCCUGCAUCCGACGCUGCAGCUCUCCCUGACCGGCUCCCAGCCGCCCGCGGACCAGGAGGAGGGCAGCUGCACGCUCAACGCCUACUUCACGCUGCCCAAGACCAUCUUUGCAGACCGCUACCAGCUCUCGGACGACCUCUUCCUGGCGUCCAAGAACCUCACGGCGCUGCGCCACUCGACGUCGCCCGUCGACCUCGAGGCCCCGGCCUACGCUACCCAAGUCUGGGGCUCCAGCAUCCUGCUCGAGCUCGCGCCGCCUGCACGGGCCGCGGCCUGGACGGCAGAGGUGCCGCUGCACCUGCGCUACCUGGCGCCGAACACGGAGGGGUACGCCGACAUUGGCGUGCCGUACCCGGCCGUGUUCUGGGCAUGUGAUGUCGGCGAAGGCGUCGAGUUCCCGAGCACGCCUUUCGAGCGGGCCAAUCUGGGGUACGACGCCUUGUUCGGGCCCAAGACUGUGUUCUGGCACGUAGAGCCGAAACCGCGCGCUGGCAACCGGCUGCUGAGCGAUGUGAGGGUGCCUGUGCUCGACGCGGAUGAUGCGCCGUGGGUGCGUGUCGGCACGGCGGCGGCCGUCGUGCUGGGCUUCGGAUGGGUGCUCUGGGUGCUUGUGCGGGCGUUCCUCACGACGGGGCACAGCCGACAGACGGUGAGCCCCAAGAAGACGCAGUGA